AUGGAUUUAUCGGGAGUGAAAAAGAAGCGCUUGCUAGGAGUCGAAGAAAAUGAUAAAAAGUCCAGCACUAGGGCUCCUUCUCCUACCAAACGUAAGGCCCGCUCUGAUGAGUCCAGGGGUCGCUGUAAAGGCACGGGGCCCACCAAGCAGUCAAGCGAGAAGGGCCGCGGCAGCCGCAGGGCUCCGGGUGGAGGCCGCAGCGCCAGCUCUGGGCCUGGCUCCCCCUCCAGCUCGGGCUCCAGCUCGGGCUCCAGCUCCUCCUCCGGGUCCAACCGCUCAGGAAGCUCCGGCACAUUCCGCAGCUCCAGUUCCAGCAGCUCCUCUGGCUCCCGCAGCCCUUCUCCUCGCAGGCAUGACAACCGGCAUGGUUCCCGUUGUAAAUUCAAACCACCCAAAAGAGAUGAAAAAGAGAGGAAAAGGCGAAGUCCGUCCCCUAAACCCACCAAAGUGCACAUAGGGAGGCUUACCAGGAAUGUGACAAAGGAUCACAUCCUGGAGAUAUUUUCCACGUAUGGGAAAAUUAAGAUGAUUGACAUGCCUGUGGAAAGGGUGCAUCCUCAUCUGUCCAAAGGCUAUGCGUAUGUGGAAUUUGAGAAUCCAGAUGAAGCCGAGAAGGCGUUGAGACACAUGGAUGGAGGACAAAUUGAUGGCCAGGAGAUAACUGCUACUGCUGUGUUGGCGCCCUGGCCUAGGCCACCCCCUCGGCGAUUCAGCCCUCCCGGGAGAAUGCUGCCACCACCUCCUACGUGGCGCAGGUCACCCCCUCGGAGGAGGAGAAGGUCCGGCUCCCCGAGGCGCAGGUCCCCUGUGCGCAGGCGGUUCCACUCUUCUGGCCGCCUCUGCCACAGAAGCUGAUCCAGCGCCAACUUCUCUCGAUAAACAGGGCCAUUGACCCUCACUCCCAUAACUCACCCAUACUAGUUUGUCCCUUCUCUGGCCAAAGGUGGAUCAGUAAGGAAGGAUCCCUCACCUGUGAGGCUUUAAAAGCAGCCUUUUAGACCUCUUUUUCUGUGGGUAGAUUCUGGCUGCAGAAGUACUUUUGAUUCAGGACUGUGCCCAUAAAGGUGCCCUAUAGUUCACUGGCUAGAAAGUUCUUCCAUCCUGAUCCCUGAGUCUGUUCAAUGGCAGAGCCAAGCAAGCCUCCAUAGGAUAGCAGUCUUUCCGCAGACGACCCGGUCAAGCCCUUGCUAAGCACCAUCUGCGGGAAAGGAACCAAGCGCUGUUCUGUUAGGCCUGCUUGUGCCCCUGCUGAGUUUUCUUCAACCUCUAGGGUUGAACCUUGGAAGGUCCCAUAAAUGGUUCUAUCUGUCCACGCCCUCAUGCAUACACCCCUGCCCUGUGUCUCCCUUCCCCUUGAAAUUGGUGAGCCAGUUCCAUAAGAUAACCUAUUCCGCCCACAUUUCACCUGCCAUUCAUGAUGGCCUUGCAGGUUACCUUGGCAACAUGUACAUUGCUUUCUUUCAUUGUACAGUCAGUACUAUUAAUUUGAACUUUUUAACUUUGUAGUGUUUUAG